AUGUUUCCAGCACAAGAUGCUCAGCCUUCGAACAUGCUUGUCAAGAUAGAAGAUGUCAACAAAGCUGGACCUACACCACCGUUUUCUUCACUUACUGAAAUGGUUCUUAAGUUGAUGGACGAGAAUCGAAACUUGAGAAAUAGUUUGACGAAUGCAUUGCAUGAUUUGCAAAAUGAAGAGGACAAGAACACGGCGCUGAAAAACCAGCUUCAAGAUGCAACGGAUAUUAUGCAACAAAUGGAUCAAGAACAAGAAAAGUUUGUGACUUCUUUUGAAGAAGAAAGAAAUCGACGAGAACAAGCGCAACAACAUAUGCAAAGAAGAUUAAAGGAGGCUACUGAAACUAUUGAAGGAUUACUGAGAAAAGUAAAGAUGUUGGAGGCCCAGGGCCGGUUUUGACGACAAGCUCCACAUGCUAUUACUAACGACC